AUGUCGGAUUCUCAGUCGCCAGGUGCGACUGCGCCUUCAAAUGACAAGCCCGACACAGGCUUCAUUCCUGGAGAUGAGACCUUCACGCAGUUUCGCAAUAUCUACCGCAUCCUGACGGGUCAGAUGUCCUCCGAGGGCAUUGAACAGUUCCGGGUUGCGCGAGACAUUCGAAACGAAGCUGCGGAUUGCAAGCGCUGUGAAGACCAGCGCGACUACCUCCUUCAGUAUAGUCCCGUAAUCCGAUUCCUCAGCGACAACAUACGGCAACUCGGUAGCGAUCUUCAUAGCCAUAACAUCUACUGUCGGCGUUGCACGAACCGAAAGGCGGGUGGAUUUGAUCCUGAGUUUGGCAUUCUGCUCUGUGCAAACGAGAUGAAAGACCAGGGACACUUGGAGGAUACCAUGGCUCAUGAGAUGCUACACGCCUAUGACCAUUUGCGCUUCAAGGUUGACUGGACAAACAACCUGCGCCAUGCUGCCUGUACAGAGAUCCGAGCAAGUUCGCUCAGUGGAGAAUGCAGAUGGGCGCGUGAAUUCUUCCGCAGAGGCCAGUGGAAGCUCACUCAACAACACCAAGAGUGCGUUCGAAGGAGAGCCGUCCUAUCCGUUAGAGCACGCCCGAAUUGUCGGGAUGAGGCCCAUGCUCAACAGGUUGUAAACGAGGUCUGGGAUAGCUGCUUCCGAGACACGAGACCUUUUGAUGAAAUCUACCGAUGA